GUGUUGAACGCGGAAGUAGCAAACUAGCACGUUGGGGUACUUCAUUAACUAAUAUUUAGCACAGCCAGGUGAGAGCAGAGCAGAUAGCACCAACAUGUCUUACAGCGCAAAGAUAGGCCCGUCCAUCCUCAGCAGUGACCUGGCCUGCCUGGGCACUGAAUGUGUCCGAAUGAUGGAGUGCGGGGCUGACUUCCUGCACCUCGACGUUAUGGACGGGUGAGCAAAGCCACAUCAGAUGAUUCAUAGGCUACAACGCUAGCUAGGGAGUGCAUUGAUUUCCGCUAGUCCUAGCUAGCAUAGCCUCAGUCCUUGGCUUCUUUAGCAAUCAUAAGUCAGGCAGUUUAGCUAGCUAGCUAGCUGUAACACUGAAUGCAUGCAUAUUUUAGCAAACGUUAGCUAGCUAGUCACUGCUGUUGUUGACUAGCUACCUAGUAAUCUUGUUAGAAGUCAAGCUAAAAUAGGAUAAAUCGUUAUGUCAACAUGGCAGAUUGCAAAGUCAGUCCAGGUUGCACAACAUCCUCAAUUUUACUUGAUCUACUUAUAUUUUGUCAGCUUAAGGUUUAUUCAGCAUUGAUUUGCAUUUUAACUUAUCUUACUGCCUGCCUUGCAUCAGCACCAAAGUGACUGGAUUAGAAUAAAUCACGAGGCUAAUGAUUGUAUGUUGUUACCCUGAAGUCAUUUUGUACCCAACAUCACGUUCGGUCAUCCCAUGGUGGAGUGCCUGAGGAACUGUGUGGGGCCGGGCCCUUUCUUUGGUGAGUAACAGUCGCACACCCUGAUAUGGUUACGCUAUCGCCUUGUUGUAGGACAACAAAACAUUGAGGAGUCCAUAUUGAUUCUAGCUGAAUGUGCUGACCUCAGUUGCCAUUAUCACAAACGCUGGUGCCCCCAUGCUACUUAGGUCUACAUAGUAUCAUAGAUUGUUCAACUUAACAUAGCAGCCAUCUCAAAAGUGUGUGUGUUUUCUUCCAGACAUGCACAUGAUGGUAUCAAGGCCAGAGCAGUGGGUGAAACCCAUGGCAGCAGCAGGAGCCAAUCAGUACACAUUCCACCUAGAGGCCACCACCAAUGCUGGAAACCUCAUCAAGGAGAUCAGAGAGAGCGGCAUGAAGGUGAGACAGAGAAGCAGUGUUGACUAUAGAGGGAGACGAGAGGUGAGGUCCAGAUAUGGGAGGUCAGAGAGGGAGAGAAAUUAAUGGUCAGAGAGAAUGGACGCAAAGCGUAAUUUACACACAGAGAAAGUUCACAGCAAUGUGUCUUCUACCAGUUUUACUAUGUGUCUUCACCCGUGUGUGUUUGUUUUUGGCUUUACUAUCCUUGUGAGGACCAGAAGUCCUCACAAGGAUAAUAAAACAAGGAAAAUUCGGACAAGUGGGGACAUUUUGCCGGUCCCCACAAGGAAAAAGGCUUUUUUAGGUUUAGGGUUACAAUUAGGGUUUGGGGUUAGGGAUCUGUUAAGGGUUAGGGAAAAUAAUUUUGAAUGGGAAUCAAUUGUUUGAUCCACACAAGGAUAGUAAAACAAAAUUGUGUGUGUGUCUUAUAGGUGGGCCUGGCCAUAAAGCCUGGGACUACAGUAGAGGAGUUGGCCCCGUGGGCUGGACAGAUCAACAUGGCUUUGGUCAUGACUGUGGAGCCUGGCUUCGGAGGCCAGAAGUUCAUGGAGGACAUGAUGCCCAAGGUUGAAUUACAUUUACGUCAUUUAGCAGACGCUCUUAUCCAGAGCGACUUACAAAUUGGUGCAUUCACCUUAUGAUAGCCAGUGGGACAACCACUUUACCACUUUUUUUUAUUUUUUUAUAUAUAAUUUUUGUGUUUUUCUCAUUCAUUUUAUUGUUAAUUUGUUUAUAAUUUUUUGUUAUUCUUUUCAUAUUUUUUAUUUUAUUUCUAGCGUAUAUUCUCAAUUUUCAUUUGUUUUAUAUAUAUAUAUAUAUAUAUAUAUAUAUAUAUAUAUAUAUAUAUAUAUAUACAUACAGUGGGGAGAACAAGUAUUUGAUACACUGCCGAUUUUGCAGGUUUUCCUACUUACAAAGCAUGUAGAGGUCUGUAAUUUUUAUCAUAGGUACACUUCAACUGUGAGAGACGGAAUCCAGAAAAUCACAAAAAUCCAGAAAAUCACAUUGUAUGAUUUUUAAGUAAUUCAUUUGCAUUUUAUUGCAUGACAUAAGUAUUUGAUCACCUACCAACCAGUAAGAAUUCCGGCUCUCACAGACCUGUUAGUUUUUCUUUAAGAAGCCCUCCUGUUCUCCACUCAUUACCUGUAUUAACUGCACCUGUUUGAACUCGUUACCUGUAUAAAAGACACCUGUCCACACACUCAAUCAAACAGACUCCAACCUCUCCACAAUGGCCAAGACCAGAGAGCUGUGUAAGGACAUCAGGGAUAAAAUUGUAGACCUGCACAAGACUGGGAUGGGCUAAAGGACAAUAGGCAAGCAGCUUGGUGAGAAGGCAACAACUGUUGGCGGGGGGGCUCCAUGCAAGAUCUCACCUUGUGUGGCAUCAAUGAUCAUGAGGAAGGUGAGGGAUCAGCCCAGAACUACACGGCAGGACCUGGUCAAUGACCUGAAGAGAGCUGGGACCACAGUCUCAAAGAAAACCAAUAGUAACACACUACGCAGUCAUGGAUUAAAAUCCUGCAGCGCACGCAAGGUCCCCCUGCUCAAGCCAGCGCAUGUCCAGGCCCGUUUGAAGUUUGCCAAUGUCCAUCUGGAUGAUCCAGAGGAGGAAUGGGAGAAGGUCAUGUGGUCUGAUGAGACAAAAAUAUAGCUUUUUGGUCUAAACUCCACUCGCCGUGUUUGGAGGAAGAAGAAGGAUGAGUACAACCCCAAGAACACCAUCCCAACCGUGAAGCAUGGAGGUGGAAACAUCAUUCUUUGGGGAUGCUUUUCUGCAAAGGGGACAGGACGACUGCACCGUAUUGAGGGGAGGAUGGAUGGGGCCAUGUAUCGCGAGAUCUUGGCCAACAACCUCCUUCCCUCAGUAAGAGCAUUGAAGAUGGGUCGUGGCUGGGUCUUCCAGCAUGACAACGACCGGAAACACACAGCCAGGGCAACUAAGGAGUGGCUCCGUAAGAAGCAUCUCAAGGUCCUGGAGUGGCCUAGCCAGUCUCCAGACCUGAACCCAAUAGAACAUCUUUGGAGGGAGCUGAAAGUCCGUAUUGCCCAGCGACAGCCCCGAAACCUGAAGGAUCUGGAGAAGGUCUGUAUGGAGGAGUGGGCCAAAAUCCCUGCUGCAGUGUGUGCAAACCUGGUCAAGACCUAGAGGAAACGUAUGAUCUCUGUAAUUGCAAACAAAGGUUUCUGUACCAAAUAUUAAGUUCUGCUUUUCUGAUGUAUCAAAUACUUAUGUCAUGCAAUAAAAUGCAAAUUAAUUACUUAAAAAUCAUACAAUGUGAUUUUCUGGAUUUUUGUUGUAGAUUCCGUCUCUCACAGUUGAUGUGUACCUAUGAUAAAAAUUACAUACCUCUACAUGCUUUGUAAGUAGGAAAACCUGCAAAAUCAGCAGUGUAUUAAAUACUUGUUUUCCUCACUGUAUAUUUAAUUUAAAAUGUUUUUAUGUACAUUUAGUUUGUUAUUCUAAUUGUUUUUUCGUAAAAGUAAUUAGUAUUUUGUGUAUUUAAUUAUUAUUAUUAAUUUUUUUUUUUGUGGGGUGGGGGGGUAGAAGGAUUACUUUUAUACUAUUCCAGGUAUUCCUUAAAGAGGUAGGGUUUCAAGUGUCUCCGGAAGGUUGUCAGUGACUCCGCUGUCCUGGCGUCGUGAGGGAGCUUGUUCCACCAUUGGGGUGCCAGAGCAGCGAACAGUUUUGACUGGGCUGAGCGGGAACUGUGCUUCCGCAUAGGUAGGGGGACCAGCAGGCCAGAGGUGGAAGAACGCAAUGCCCUCGUUUGGGUGUAGGGACUGAUCAGAGCCUGAAGGUACGGAGGUGCCGUUCCCCUCACAGCUCCGUAGGCAAGCACCAUGGUCUUGUAGCAGAUGUGAGCUUCAACUGGAAGCCAGUGGAGUGUGCGGAGGAGCGGGGUGACGUGAGAGAACAUGGGAAGGUUGAACACCAGACGGGCUGCAGUGUUCUGGAUGAGUUGUAGGGGUUUAAUGGCACAGGCAGGGAGCCCAGCCAACAGCGAGUUGCAGUAAUCCAGACGGGAGAUGACAAGUGCCUGGAUUAGGACCUGUGCAGCUUCCUGUGUAAGGUAGGUUCGUACUCUGCGUAUGUUGUAGAGCAUGAACCUACAGGAUCGGGUCACCGCUUUGAUGUUAGCGGAGAACGACAGGGUGUUGUCCAGGGUCACGGCAAGGUUCUUUGCACUCUGGGAGGAGGACACAACGGAGUUGUCAACCGUGAUGGCGAGAUCAUGGCAGCGGGCAGUCCUUCCCCGGGAGGAAGAGCAGCUCCGUCUUGCCGAGGUUCAGCUUGAGGUGGUGAUUCGACAUCCACACUGAUAUGUCUGCCAGACAUGCAGAGAUGCGAUUCGCCACCUGGUUAUCAGAAGGGGGAAAGGAGAAGAUGAUAUGUGUUUGUGUGUCUGUGUUAUUUUGCUUAUCUGAGAAAGCACGUCUCUGAUAAGCAGCAUGAAAAAGCUUAUUUGUCCUUAUCUGUAAUCUGAUUUAUACACAAGGUCACUUGAAUGCAGAGGUUUGUUACAAUGUGAUCAGUUGACAUUGUGUCAUCUGAGUAUGAAUGAGACAUUUCAGAAAUAUAUCUGCUUGUUGCAAGUUAGUGAUGUAGUCCGAAGGGGUUUCUGGAGUCUGAAGGUGUCUGUUUGAUUCUCACUGUUUCAUGUGUGUGGAUUUGUGUGGUUUAUUGUUUAUUUCCUCCACAUACAGUAUUUGCAGUGUAUCUAUUUUUUAAAAUUAUUUAUAAAAAAUCCCAUUGAGACCAAGGCCUCUUUUGCAAGGGAACCCUGCAUGUACACAAAUUAUACAAAAUCCACAACAUUUACAACAUAAUAAAAAGCAAUCCCAUUCCUCAACAAGGAGGUCCUCCAUUAACAACUUGAACUGCCCUAACGGUAACAGCGGAUCAAGGUGCAGAGAGCUCUGCAGAUCAUUCCAUACACGGGGCGCAAAAAAACGGAGUGCUGAUUUACUUAAUUCUGUAGUGAUCAAUGGGACCUCUAGAGUUGGCCAUCCCCGUGUAGCUCAGUUGGUAGAGCAUGGCGCUUGCAACGCCAGGGUUGUGGGUUCGAUUCCCACAGGGGUCAGUAUGAAAAAUGUAUGCACUCACUAACUGUAAGUCGCUCUGGAUAAGAGCCUCUGCUAAAUGACGUAAAUGUUUAUUUGGGUCUGGUGACUUGUAAGUCUGUAGUUUAACAAUGAAGUAAGGUACAGUUGAAGUUUGUGCAAGAGGGCUUCAUAAACAAAACGAGAGCAGUGUAACUAACUCAAAGGAGAUGAUUGUGGACUACAGGGGGAAAAAAGAGGACUGAGCAUGCCCCCAUUUUCAUCGACGGGGCUGUAGUGGAACAGGUUGAGAGCUUCAAGUUCCUUGGUGUCCACAUCACCAACAAACUAUCAUGGUCCAAACACACCAAGACAGUCGUGAAGAGGGCACGACAAAGCCUAUUCCCCCUCAGGAGACUGAAAAGAUUUGGCAUGGGUCCUCAGAUCCUCAAAAAGUUAUACAGCUGCACCAUCGAAAGCAUCCUGACUGGUUGCAUCACCGCCUGGUAUGGCAACUGCUCGGCAUCCGACCGCAAGGCACUACAGAGGGUAGUGCGUACGGCCCAGUACAUCACUGGGGCCAAGCUUCCUGCCAUCCAGGACCUCUAUACCAGGCGGUGUCAGAGGAAGGCCCUAAAAAUUGUCAGACUCCAGCCACCCUAGUCAUAGACUGUUCUCUCUGCUACCGCACGGCAAGCGGUACCGGUGCGCCAAGUCUAGGUCCAAAAGGCUUCUUAACAGCUUCUACCCCCAAGCCAUAAGACUCCUGAACAGCUAAUCAUGGCUACCCAGACUAUUUGCAUUGCCCCCCACAUCCCACUCCCUCUUUGACGCUGCUGCUACUCUGUUUAUUAUCUAUGCAUAGUCACUUUAACACUACCCACAUGUACAUAUUACCUCGACUAACUAGUGCCCCCGCACAUUGACUCUGUACCGGUACCCUCUGUAAUAGCCUCCCUACUGUUAUUUUAUUUUACUGCUGCUCUUGAAUUAUUUGCUAUUUUUAUUUUUAACUUACUUAACACUUUUUUUUCUCUUUUUUUUUUUUACUGCAUUGUUGGUUAAGGGCUUGUAAGUAAGCAUUUCACUGUAAGGUCUACGACCUGUUGAAUUCGGCGCAUGUGGCAAAUCAAAUUUGAUUUGAUCGAUCUACGAGACUUGAGAGGGCCAGCCUACUUUCUGAUAUAGGAUGCAAUGAAAUAUAUGGAACCUGCCGCCCGUAAUAAAGCGAAGUGUGCUGUGGUAAACUGCAUCUAAUGGUUUCAGUGUAGUGGCAGCUGCUUUCAUAUAAAUGGUGUCACCGUAAUCUAGCACUGGCAGGAAAGUUGACUGAAUGAUCUGCUUUCUGCUGUCAAGGGAGAGGCAUGAUCUCUUUCUAAAGAAGAAGCCCAUUUUCAUUCUCAACUUCCUAACUAACUCAGCCAUAUGCUUUUUAAAAGAACUUUUUGUCAAAUCAGAUGCCCAGGUAUUUAUACGCGGGGACACGAUCAAUGUGGGCACCAUCCAAUAUGUAUAAAUCAUCAGAUACAUUUUUAAGUGAAUUAGAAAAUGAUGUACUUGGUUUUACCUGCAUUAAGUACAAUUUUCAGUUCAACAAAGGUUUUCUGCAAAGCAGCAAAGGCAGAUUGCAGCUCUGGAAAAAGACUGGUCAAAUAAAAAGUGCAGGACCUAAAAUCGACCCUUGUGGGACACCUUUCGUAAUAUCAAGGAAAAUAUACACAUUGUGUCGUCUGUCAAGUAGUUUUUAAACAUGAUGCUUGAUCCAGGCCAAUUUCAGACAACCAUAGAAUUAGUAAAGAGUAGUUGACAGUGUCAAUGAAUAGAGCAGCACAGUGUUUCUUCCUAUCCAAACAAUUUACCACAUAAUUUAAAACCAGUGAUGCUGCCGAGAUGGUGCUAUGCCCUGGUCUGAAGCCAAACUGAUGCACAUUUUUGAAUAGAUUUUGAAGUUAAGAAAGAGCUUAACUUAGGAGACCUUCCAGAACUUGGGGAUAGCCCCAAUCGUCAAGUAAAAAAUAUGUCAAUGAUUCCGCAAGAAGGGGGCAGAAAGCUACAGCAGGAAGGGGUCAAUCGAAUCAGCCCCAGUGGAUUUUUUUUCAUCAGUCUUGAGCAUGUAUAUCCGUGUGUGGCAUAUUUGGGACAUGUCAUUAACAUGUCUGUUUCUGUGUGUGUCCAGGUGAGCUGGCUGAGGAGUCAGUUUCCCUCUCUGGACAUUGAGGUGGACGGAGGAGUGGGUCCUUCUACCAUCCAUAAGUGUGCUGAGGUGAGUACAUGCCUCCCCAUACCAUGCCUCCUUGGGCCCUAGUGUUUAACUGUGUUGUCUCUGCUUGUGUCAGACCAUGUGGGUUGACUAUGUGUGUGUGUUUCUCUUUUUGUGUGUCUCUGGUAGGCAGGCGCUAACAUGAUUGUGUCGGGCAGUGCUGUGGUAAGCAGUGACGACCCUCGCUCUGUCAUCGCAAUGCUGCGCACCGCCGUCUCGGAGGCCAUCCAGAAACGCUCGCUGGACCGCUGACACGCCAACCCCUGCCUGGAGAUCACUACAGUAAUGCCUCCCACCAGACCGCCAUAGCAACAUGCUACUACACCCUAAAGAAGGACAGUCAAAGGAUGUUUCUCUGGUGGUCAGGGAGAGGUAGGAUGGGUGAAGAAGGGGUGUGCCGAUGUCACAGGUUGAUCCAGUGAGGCUGCGCCCCUGCCCCUGAAUACCCCAGAACAUCAGAACCAACCCCAGUCACCUCAAAGCUCCACACUCAGCCAAGAUUACUACUCAACCCCAAACAGUUUACCCACCUACCAGCUUAGGCCUGUGAGUGGAACAGUGGUUAUGUUGACUUCAAACAAUAAUUCUAAACAUUCCUGAAUAUAUUUGGAAUACUGUUAUGUUGAAAACAAUUUUAAGUA